UCACGCCUGUUCCUGCGCGAAAAUCGCGGUGGGGUAAUGUUCUAAUACAAAGCCGAAAGUUUAUCUGUCGCUAUAGCAACGCAUAAACAGAAUGGCAGAUGAAAAGGAAGCUGCAGAGGCACUUAUAGCAGACCUACAGAAAAAGAUUACAGAAGCAUUUGAAGUAUUUGACCAUGAGAAAAACAGUACUGUAGAUGUCAGAGAAGUUGGUACCAUUGUCAGGUCACUGGGCUGCUGCCCUAGUGAAGGAGAGCUCCAUGAUAUGCUUGCAGAGGUUGAAGAAGAGGAACCUACAGGUUAUAUUCGAUUUGAAAAAUUUCUUCCCAUGAUGACUAAAGUUUUAAUAGAUAGAAAGUACAGACCAAUUCCAGAAGAUGUUCUUCUGCGAGCCUUUGAGGUUUUAGACCAAGACAAGAAAGGGUACCUCACAAAAGAAGAGCUUACAAAAUAUAUGACAGAGGAAGGUGAACCAUUUACUCAAGAGGAAGUGGAAGAGAUGCUGUCUGCUGCUGUAGAUCCAGACAAAAACACCAUCCUUUAUAAAGACUUUGUUCCAAUGAUGGUUCUAGAAGAGCAUUAAGAUGUCAAUGAAAUAUUAAAGGACUCUGUGCCUUGCAGUGGUCAAAUAGUGUAAUAAACCAUUCAAUAGGACUGAUUUUUGUUUUAAUAUGUCAAGUUUAUGAGUGGAAAAUAAAUUAUCUGCAAGUA